CAAAAGAAUAAAUUGAGCAAAAAUAUACUAUUUGAAAUGUAAUGCUAUCAGAGCUGUUUACUUGUUAAUAAUCACAGAACCAAGCACCAUUGAAUUUGCUAAAUUCUAAAACAGUCAUCACACUCUUCUAAAACAGUCAUCAAAUAAGUCUUCUUUGGUUGCAUGGCAACAGGUCACGGAAUAUAAAGUUGUUAAUGGUUUUAAACCGAGGAGUGCCUGUCUUUCAUCAAACACAAGGGCCAUUGGAAGCAUACACACAUUCUUGUGGAAAUAAGGGUAAGCUUUUCUUCAAGUAGAUAGUUCACUCUUAAAGGAGUAAAUAGUGCCAUCUAUAGGUUUUGAAUAUAAACAGAGAACAGAGUCAAUUAUUUACAUAGAAGUUUGUUUGCCCCAUCACACAUUACUGAAUCUAAGGUUAGACUCUUACUCUUACUCCAGGUAACCCCAACAUGCAGAAUCACACCUUAUUAUUGAUAUGCAUUCAUGCAGAAGAUUUUACAGUGAAACAGUAACUAGUAAAACGGUUCUAAUGUCAGCUCCAAAUGACAUGCAAAUCAUUUACCACCAACUAUUUCCAUAUUAAAGAAAAGAGAGAGGAGACAGAAGAGAAAUUUCAGUCGAGGCAAUCGUGGACUGAAACUAUUCUUACACUGAAAAUUGUUGAUGUAUACUUCAAAGAACACUGUGGAAAUGUAAUCUGAGGGAGUGUACAAACACAAAUGCUGCAACACUUCUUUCCCCUCUUUCUUUUGUGUGGGCUCCUGGCACAGGACAAUAAAACUCCUGGACCCUGCACAUGCGUUGCUUGGCAACAAAGUUAAACAGGACACAAAGCUUCUUUUGGACUCAAGUCUGAAGAUCCUCCCCUGAUUCUCAAGCAAUUCAGUUCUUUGUAUGGACCUCUUUUAAAAAUUGUGAGUAAAAAAAAAACGUAUUUAUUCACCGGAAAGGGGAUUAAAUGAAUGCUGGGCAACAAUAGCUGGUUAGGGCAAAUUGAUGGUUUUUACAUAGUAUGUAAUCCGUUUACCUUGAGACUUUUCAAAAGAGUUUUGAUGAACAAUCUAAUGUUAAAUUUAAGUCAAACACUGAAAAUUUGGCUCCUGACUAAUUUAGUUUAGGUUUAGUAAUCACUGUUAUAACUUUGGCACAGUAUUAGAAAUAUGCUACUAAAAGACUAUGCCAAGUUUGUUGAUUGCGAGAUUUCUAAAAGCAGAUUUGCCAAUCAGCGAAUAUUGUUUUGGCUGUAAAUAAUUUCUGGUUUAAAUCAUGUAGCUGCUGCAUGUAAAUUUGAUCAUAUAUCACAACAACAACACCACCACCCAAUUUUAGUGUGGAGGGUUUCAAAAUCAUUGAAUCACAAACAACAUGAAGAUAGAUCAGCCCGAUGGUCAGAUCUGUGUAAUUGCACCUCUCGUAUGCAACGGAUUUAAAAACAAAGGUCUAAUAGAAACAGGAUGAACCAUAUUAGCCCAUCUACCAAUAUGAUUAAUGAGUCGCCAAAGGGCUCACAAUGCAGCCACUCCUCCUUUUUAAUGGGCAGAUAUGAGGAGAGCGAGUUGAAAUCUCUUUCCAGUGUCAUUUAUCAAAGUACUGAUUUGACUCUCUCCUCAGUCACACAGACUGCUAGCGCCGCCCUGGAUCAAUCAGCUGGAACGCAAGCAGCUUUAAUACAUCUUUCCCACAAUAUGCAUUCAGUCCUUGUUGUACCCACUGUUAUGUGGUAUUAGCCUUAAUUAGAGAAUGGCAUUAUACGAAAAGAUCCCUUUAGGGUGAACUGGGUGAGUGAGUCGUUCCCCAAAUGGCCCGACUCUUCCGUGCAUCCCCCAAAUACUGCCUCUGGGUAUACAUGAUACCUCCAUCCCUGAACAAACAACUGAACCAUCUCGUCAUUAAGUUGUACAUGUUUAAAGCUAUGAGGUCCUGAGAUAAUAAUUACAUGACUCGGGUUAAGACUUAACCAAAUUGAUGCCUCAGAAAUGCUUAACCAUUAAUCUGUGUCUGUACAGUUCCAUGGCUAAGGGGAAGAAAACAGGCUCAGCCCAAGGUACAAAGAUCACGUUAAAAAUGGCUAAAAAUGCUCUGCGAGUAACUCCUGAGGGCAAACUACGGCUUGAUCUCAGCAACGCGGGCAUCACCACAUUUCCCAAAUGCCUCCUAAAGUUAAGCAACAUAGAGGAACUUGAUCUGAGCCGGAACAAGUUAAAAACAAUCCCAGGUUUCAUCGGACAGUUCACCAGUCUCUGUUGGCUAGAUCUUCACAGCAACCAGAUCGAGGAGCUGCCUGAAAGCAUUGGACGCUUGGGAUCUCUGUGUCACCUCAACCUCUGUAACAACAAACUAGACUCUGCUGGUUUAUCGCCUGAAAUAGGAAGUCUGAGAAACCUCCAGGUCCUUAACUUGGGUAUGAACCAUCUGACCAGUCUCCCUCCCACCUUGGUUGCUCUGACAAACCUGACAGAGCUGGGUCUUUUUGAUAACAUGCUCACAGAGGUACCCGCGUGCAUCCACGUGCUGCCCAACUUGAGGAAGCUAAAAACCAAAUGCAACCCUGUGGCCUACACACGGGGUGACAGCAAAGACUCAGACUCUGCAAAGACCAUGGGAAAUCUGUAUUUGGUAAGAGAGGGAGAUUUGUGCCAACCAUGUCUAGAGAGAUGUAAGGAGAAGGGUCAAAGUUUUAAAAGGAAAAAGCUUUUUGAUAGGUCACAAAGGAAGAGUAAUUUUUCAGGACUAAUGUCACCAAACUCAGUAGCACGGGGGAAUCAAGAAAAUUGGCGGCUGCAGACUAAUAUCUCACCUCAAAUCUCCCAUAAAGAACAAGGCAGACCUGCUGGAGAUAUCAAUAAAUGGGCUUUUAUCAACCCUUAUAAGUAAUGCCAACAAUGUUUUAACAUUUGAAUAUUCUGCAUUCUCAUUAAACAAAACUUUGUCAACAAUAUGCAUCAAAUCGAAUUUCUUGCUGUAUGAUAAAAUGAUUGAUGAUAUCAAAUUCUGGACUUGAAGCUGAUGUGGGCACUUCAUCUAAAACUAUUUUUAACAGCAUUUUCUAAAUCUUUUGUAAUUACUUUGCACAUUUCCAUAUUAAUUGAGAGACUACAUGGAAUAUUUGUAUACUAUAGGACUAUUUAAAAUGAACUAGUGAGAGCAAAAAGGUGAUUAAAAAUGCUGAAACUCUUGGUGACUAUUGACAGCAAAUAAAAUACAGAUUUUCCCGUGUACAUUUUAAUCUAAAAUCUUGAUGCUGAUUAAAAAACGGUUGUGGAAAUGCUAUAUUAAAAAAAAGGACAAUUCUGAUAUUAAGUCCAUUAACUAUUCAGGAAAACUAAACAUGAUAAAACUAAGUUGAGAAAUUGUUUUAAUGGUAAGUAAAGGAGGAGUAGUUUGAACCAAAACAAAAUCUAAAAUAAUGAAUACGAAGAAAGCUAACAAAACUUUUUCAGACAAUUAACAGCUAUAAAAUCGUGAGAUGUAUUGGCUGCUUAUGACUUAAGUAACAGAGGCUGUUUUAAUUGGUAGAAAUUGCUGAAGAUGCAGUAACUGUAGUUUCAGUGUAAUGCCUUUACAUUGUUUAGGGGAUUGAGAUUCUUCCUGUCAAUACUUUAACCAUACACAUACAAGACUGCCUUUUCUGAAAACUUUGAAACAACAAAACACUGUCUGUUUCAAUAGAGAAGUAUCACAGUCUCUCUCAUCAUAGUGGCAGCUGUCUGGGAGAACUGGUAGAUAAUGGCAUUUUGUUCUCAACAG